AUGGGACCUCUGCUGGGAUUGGUGUUUCUGCUUCUCAUCCAAGGACAAUGCUGCCUGGACUGCACUGUCCCCAGUGCUCAGCAGUGGCUGGUUACAGGGCUCCAGACUCAGCUAGAAAAUGGCGUGAAGCAGCAGAGUUCACCCAGUCCAAGCGUUGUGAUGGCUUUGAACCUGGCUGGGGGUCGAGAUUCCACAGCAACAAAGCGGUUGAUCCAGGAUAUCAAGGGUAUAAAAGACAUGACCUCUGGCAAAGUGGCGCUUUACGUCCUAUCUCUUCAGUCAUUCUGUGUGGAUCCGAAGGAUGUCCCCACAGCAGGGGGACGUGUCAACGUGGUCAGUGCCUUGGAAGAGAAAACCAAUGAAGAGAUCAAACAUUACUAUGACACUGGAACCCCCAAGACUACCAACUAUCAACUGGCUCUAGAUAUCCUGGCCCUGUGUGUGGAAAAAAGUCCGGAUGCCAAAAAUGCCGCCGCCACCCUCAUUAAGAUCAUAAAAGGCUGCCAGAGCAAGGGCUGCUUCGACGUAGAUACUGCCGCCAUGGUGGCUUUGGCACUGUCUUGUGUGCAUGACGGAAUGAGCAAGGGGAGCAAGAUGGAGGGAGCCAUUACUGAGACGCUACGUGUCAUCACAGCACAAAUCCUUGACUCACAACAGGAGAGUGGCAUCAUUGGAAACAUCUAUAGCACUGGGCUGGCAAUGCAGGCACUCAGUGUUACCACUGAGUUCUACCCUGCUGGGGCAUGGAAAUGCACCAAGACCAUCGAUGAAGUGUUGAGGAAGAUGUAUGAGGGAGCCUUUACUAAUCCUGAGGCGGGUUCUCAAAUUCUGCCUUCUCUAGUGGGCAAAACAUACUUGGAUGUUGCGACUCUGAAUUGCUUCUCAGAUCCUAACAUUACAGUGCACUACACUGUAAUCAAUCAGCUAAUAGGACCCUAUUUCAACUACUCCAUAACAGUGAAGGUGCCCAAGGGCUCCGUACUGCUUGCUGCCUUGGAAGCUGCUCAGCAUGUUAAUCCCACUAUAUUCAGCUUUCAAACAGAAUCAACUUCCUGGGGGCCCAUGGUUAUUUCUAUCCAUGGUGUCAAUGGCAGCAGCGAUGACAAGACCUACUGGCAGUUCUUGAGUGGCGAAAAACCCCUUGACCAAGGUGUUGGCAGCUACAAGCCCACGGACAAUGAACAUAUUGUGGCCAAAUUCAGUACAUACUGAGCAACCAGCUGCCAAUAGGAAGAACUACUUCAAAUAAAUAUUUACCAAAGUAUAGUUCCUGCUCCAGGUUAAAGAGAUGUGUCAGCUUAUUUGAAGAUGCAACAUUCAGCCACGCUGCAUGCUACAUAAGAACAUAUGCACUAUCUUGUAGUUCUGACAAGUUAUAAAUAAAGCAGUUGGA